AUGUCUGCACCACAAAAGAAAUUGUCUGGUGCUGCUUUUCGAAAGAAAAGAAGGCUCCAAGAAGAAGACACUUCUAAGAUGGCUGGAUCAUUAAAUAGGUUCUUUAAACCUGAUCCAGUACUGAAAGCUGUAAGUGAGACUAAAGAGAAUCGUGAAGCUGUAGAUGUCGAACCACACCCUUCUACUUCAACUACUACUGUGGGCGAACAUUCUUUGGGCAUAGAAAGUGAUACAAACACCGAGGAAGAAAGUUCACCGAAAUCAUCAUCAUCAUCAUCAGAAGAUGAAAAUGCAAAAAGCACGCUGGCAGACCUCUUUGAUCCAGCUGACUGGCCUGAAAUGCUUACUAGCUCACUAAAAGAAACCAUCGUUCUGAAAGGUCCGGCAAAGCCAAAAGAGCACUUUGCAUUUCCUAAAGAUGCAUCCAAGAGACGGUUUACAUCAACCCACUAUAGACGGCGCCUUGGAAAUGGUGAAGUGCAUGUUAGAAAGUGGCUUAGUUAUUCUCCUAGACUGGAUAAAAUAUUUUGCUUUUGUUGUAAACUCUUUACAACUACGAAAAUUAGCCUGACUACGGGAGGCUACAAUGAUUGGAAAAAUUUGUCCCAGUGUCUGGCUACACAUGAAGUGUCUCCAUCUCACCUCACUGCUAAGGGAAACUGGACAGAACUGUUAACAAGGCUUGGGUCUGGAAGUACUAUUGACCAUUCAUACCAAAGAUUAUUGGCAACUGAAACGCAGCACUGGCAGAAUGUUCUUCAGCGGCUGGUAGCCAUUGUUCAAUAUCUUGGGAAGCAGUGCUUGGCCUUCAGGGGCAGCAGUGACACGCUGUACUCUGAAAAUAAUGGAAAUUACUUGAAACUUGUCGAAAUGAUGGCAACAUUUGAUAGUGUGAUGCAAAGCCACUUGAAAAAGAUACAGAAUUCAGAAAUUCAUCAGCAUUAUUUAGGAAAAACAUCCAAAAUGAACUAA